AUGUCCACCAAGACCCUAAACGGCGCCUGCCUCUGCGGCAAAAUCACCUACGCCAUCGACCUUCCAGCCUCCUCGCCAACCCCCAAGGUCCUUCCCCUCCCCACAUUCCCAACCUGCCCUGCCCCUCUCCGCUACGACUGCAAAAAGUACACGGGCGGCCCCUUCUCCACAAACAUCAUCAUCAACCCCUCGCAGCUCCGCUACACCUCCGGCCACCCCAAGACCUUCACGGACAACAGCACGGACAGCGGGAACCCCCUCCCGCGCAUCUUCUGCCCGGACUGCGGAUGCCACUUUACGUCGUCGCCGGAGGGGGCGGACUGGGCGGCGCUGAAGUGGGGGACUCUGGAUGAGGAGUCGCGCAGGGUCACGGGGGAACUGGCGGGGGAGAUCUAUUGUAAGAGGAGGGAUGGAUGGGUUGAUUGUCUUGUUGGUGCGGAGGCGAAGGGGGUGUUUAGGAAGGAGGCGGGGAUGGCGUAG